CCCAUCAACCAUUUAUACAGAAAAAAACACAUUUUAACCAUACAACCCUAAAUCAACCAAAACUCAUCAUCUCAUCAUCUCCGUCAAAUUGGAGUCGCAGAGACUUUGUCAUCAGUCGGAAACACCGAGAAAGCUCCCCAGGGUUUUUUCAAUGGAGGAUACCCAAGAAAUUGAUGAGGUACAGGAAGAAGUGAUUUCUGACAAAACAUCUGAAAAGGAGGAAGAGACUCGUGAUGAGGUUCUUGCACGCCACAGGAAAGAGAUAUCACAACUGCAGAAAAAAGAAGUUGAAAUGAAAAAGCAAGCAGCUAGAGGUAGCAAGGCUGAGCAAAAAACUAAGAAAAAGCAAGUGGAGGAAGAGGUUUCUCAACUUUCUACUAAGCUCAAAGAGAAGCAUGCCAAAGAACUUUCUACAUUAGGCUAUAGCACUGGUAACGGAAAUGAAAAGAGCAAUUUAGACAAUUUGGUGAAAGCCAUAGCUGGAGUAACCGUUAGUACUCAACCUGAGAAUACAAAGGUCAGCAAGGCCAAACAGAGGCGUGACAAAAGAGCUCAACAAGAAGCAGAGAGGGAACUGAGAAUCCAAGCAGAGCAGAACGACAUUAUAAGUGAUCGCAUGGUUGAAAAUGAGAAACUGGAAAGGAAGUUGAAGCCUCUUGGGUUGACUGUUUGUGAAAUAAAGCCCGAUGGGCAUUGCCUUUACAGAGCUCUUGAGAAUCAGUUGGGCCACCUUUCUGGGGGUAAAUCUCCAUAUACAUUCCAAGAACUUCGACAACUGGCAGCUGCUUACAUGAGAAAACAUACAUCUGAUUUCCUUCCAUUUUGUCUGUCGGAGAAUUUAAUCGAAGGCGAUUCUGACGAAUCCAUUGCUCAGAGGUUUGAAAAUUAUUGCAAAGAAGUAGAAUCCACAGCUAUAUGGGGAGGACAGCUAGAGCUCGGUGCCUUGACUCACUGUCUGAAGAAGCAUAUAGUGAUAUUUUCAGGGUCCUUCCCUGACGUCGAGAUGGGGAAGGAGUAUAAACCGGUUCACGGUAUUGGCUCGUCUAGUUCCAGUAUCAUGCUUUCUUACCAUAAGCAUGCUUUUGGGCUUGGUGAGCAUUAUAAUUCUGUUGUCUCAACAUGAUCAAAUGUGACAAAUAUUCUUAGGGAUGCUUAUUAUAUCCCUUCUAGCAUUUGGCUGAAGGUUACUUGAAACCUAAGUUGUGAUUGAAUGUACCUCUAGUUGUACAUUUUUUAACUGUAAUUGAUAAUUUAUUGAUAAUUAUGUAUCAAAUGAUCUUUUGACAUCAAUUAAUUUUGAGCAAUUUUAGCUAA